GUGAGAUUGCAACCCCCAGCCUCUCUCCUCUCUUCCCCCUUCAUCGUUUCUUUCUUCCCACAGCAGCUCGACCUAUACAUCUCCUCUCUUCAAAAUCAAUCAUUUUUGGUGGCUUUGUGAACAAAAUAAUCAUUGAUACUACAUCAGAUGAGUUUUGGGCUAAAUGGGUUCAAACUGGUGCUUCUCGACCUGAAGGAGAGAUUCCGGUGGCGGCUGAAGUUGACAGAGACCCGGCGGUGGCGGCUGAAGUUGACGGAGAACCGGUGGCAGAGGCCAUGGACGACGUCCCUGAGCUUGAUUUGGGAGUCGAUUAGAGCUCCAAAAGGCAGACAUGCUAAUGAAGGCUUUUACUAUAUUUGUUUGUUAAUUAGUUCAAGACCGGAAACUCCAAAAAGAAGACACAAUGAUGAAAGACCAAAAUCAGUCAACACAUUAAUAUAAUUUUCUAAUUUAAAUGGUGGUGCAUGUUUAGCUUUGGAAAUGUGUGAUUUGUAGUAGUGGUAGCUAUGUAUAAUCAUUGUACGAGAUUCCUUAGAGAUAAAAGAAUUCUGUGUUAUAUAAGUGUUAUUAGUGGAGGAGAUCAGACAUUUUAUGUCAUUGUUGUGAAUGAACGGGUGUGAUUGAAGCAUUGUCUGUGUGUUUAUUUAUUUAUUUUGUGUGUAUACAAAAACUGUUGUCUGUGUGCUC